CCGUGCCUCUAUGUAGUUGGCUCCUAAGGUGCAUUGCGCCACGCAUGUUCCUCGACGAGUCAGACAGAACCUGUGCUUGAACAAUAUUAAUUGGGUACAAGUUUUCCGUCGCACUUGCAAUUCCCACGCCACCAGGUGCUGACGCGUGCAUAUUGUGAAGACGACGCCGCAUUCAGCUGUCGCUUCUCUCCUCGAGCCUCCUUGUCCUUCCUUGCCUUGUCCCUCCUUGCCAGACGCCGAUUUCAGCGUCGCUUCUAUCCUCGCUGCAGCCAUGUCCGCAAAUGCAUCAUCAUCAAAAUCCUCCGAUGCAUUCAAACCAUCGGAAUCUUUGAAAGAGGAGCAAGCUAUACCUCAUCUCGGGAUGCUGGAGGAGGACGAUGAGUUUGAAGAGUUCGCGGUAGCGGAUUGGGAUGAUUCUCAGACAGACUUGGCUCAUCUAGGAGGAGCAGCCCCGGGGGCGGCAAAGUCUGGGGGCGACAAGUUGUGGGAGGACAACUGGGACGAUGAUGAUAUUGAGGAUGACUUCAGCGUGCAGCUUCGGAACGAGCUUGCGAAGAAGAGCCAAAGUACGAGCGGAGGCCCUGAGCCAAUGCAGCAUUAGCGGACAUACGCCAGAUUCGAUCUCCCAUCCCGACAUUUCUGUGGAUGUACUUCUCU